AUGUUGCAACCUCCCGGGGUGUGCGACAUGUGCCAAGGUCUGGCGGAAAGCGCCAUAGCUGUGCAGAACAAUCAGGCCAACAUUCAACAUCUACAAGAGAUGCUCGAUGCCAUGGUUGGUGGACAGACCAGUGUGGCGUCCAACGAGUCCAACACCACCAGCACCACCGAAACCUCCACGAUGCCAGACACCACGGCCGAUGCUGGCAGCGAAGGCGACCUGACAGCCGACAACCUGACGACCGACAGCCAGACGACCGACAGCCAGACGACCGACGGCCAGACGACUUCAGAUCAAGAAUUGGAGGAUCUGGCACAGUUCACUACGCCCAAGCUUGUGGGUGAGCUCAAGGAGCAGCCAGAUCUCACGGGACCUCGAGACGUUAAAAUCCACGCAGGGAAAGCGCAAGCCUUCGUCGUGACGUCGACGAAUCCUGGACUCAGUGUGGUCAGCCUGGCAGAUCCAGCGCAUCCAGCGAUAAUUGGCUCAGU